ACGGCGCCGUGAGGUGGCGGCCAUCUUGGCUGUGGAGCGAUGAGCGGGUCGAACCCGAAGGCUGCGAGCGCGGGGCCGGCGGCUGGGCCCGGCGGGCUGGUGGCUGGCAAGGAGGAGAAGAAGAAGGCGGGCGGCGGCGUCCUGAACCGGCUCAAGGCGCGGCGCCAGGCGCCCACACACACGGCCGACGACGGCACCGGGGCCGCGGUCACGGAGCAGGAGCUGCUGGCGCUGGACACGAUCCGCCCUGAGCACGUCCUGCGCCUCAACCGGGUCACCGAGAAUUAUUUAUGUAAACCUGAAGACAAUGUCUACAGUAUUGAUUUUACACGCUUCAAAAUUCGAGAUCUGGAGACGGGGACGGUGCUCUUUGAGAUUGCCAAGCCUUGCAUCUCAGAAUUCAAUCCUGAUCAAGGCACUGAAGCCUCUGAAAACCUGCUGCAGAUGCUGCAAGACCAAGACCCGGAGGCAGAGGAGGAGAGCGUCGACGUGGACGUCAGCGUAGGCCGUUUCGUUCGCUACCAGUUCACACCAGCGUUUCUCCGCCUUCGGACAGUUGGUGCCACGGUAGAGUUCACCGUGGGGGACAGACCUGUGUCAAACUUCCGGAUGAUUGAACGGCAUUACUUCCGGGAGCGUUUGCUGAAGAACUUCGACUUUGAUUUCGGCUUCUGCAUCCCCAGCAGCAGAAACACGUGUGAGCACAUCUAUGAGUUCCCGCAGCUCUCUGAGGAUGUCAUUCGUCUAAUGAUCGAAAACCCGUAUGAGACCCGCUCGGACAGCUUCUACUUCGUUGACAACAAGCUGAUAAUGCACAACAAGGCUGACUAUGCCUAUAAUGGAGGCCAGUAACUGCCCCAGGAGUGGACAACGAUGGUCCUUUGCUGCCACCACGAGGCACAUAGGGGAAUUGCAGCUACUGCUUGUCAACUCCCGAUGAGCAUGGUCCAGCAAGCUGCAGCUGGGGUCGUGGUUUGUGCUCCAAGGAGGUGCCGGCCAGCAGUUUCUUUUCCCAGAAUUUUUUCCCCUGCUCCCUAGUUCGCAGAGGUAUUAUAGCAAAGUAAAAGAUUAGGAUAAGGUUCCUGGGAUCCAGAUAAAAACCUUUAUUCCUGUGUAGUCUUAGCUAUGCAUUGGUUAUCCCGACAAGCCUGACUGUCCAGGCACGGCUGUGUCAGUGAGAAGGCACAGGCUGAGCCAGCCUGAGGGUUACCAGCCAUUCUGCAGGUUCCUGGGUGCCGUGGGCAGUGGAAAGCCCCUCGCUUCCUCCCUCGCCACAGUGUUGCAUUGGCACAGCCUGCCCUCAGCCUGUGUACAGUCUGAAGCCGACUGCAGGAAAUUUGAAAAGACGGGGAGGGAGGGCAGAGCCCGGGGCUGAGGCACUGGGAUGGGGGUGAUGCCAGACUGAAAGGCAGGCCUUUGAGGUUACUGCUUCUCUGCCUUCGGGGACCCACAGCCAGUCCUAGGGGAGACCAUGGUCUCAGCCUGGUGGUGCCUUCCUGUUCUUACUCUUCGAGGUCGCAUGAACGAGCAUGCUCUGCUCCCCUGGCCGUGACUUCUCCUGCAGUGGACCAUGUCAGUUUUGUUCACAGAACACUUGUCUCGAGCUCAGUUCAGGCUGUUGUGCUGUGGGCUGUUAGUCCUCAGACUUCUGGGAAGUUCUUACACGGUGUCUUACACAGUGUCAGUGUGUAGUACCUGCGUACGUCCGGGUAGACCUCUGCUAGGGCUGACCUGUCUGCACAGUGAGCCCGGGGAUGGGCCUCGCUCGGGAUUCGCCUGGGUUUCCUCUCAGGAGUGUUUUCCUGUCUGUUUGCCUCUCUACUGAAGUCGUUUCUGGAACCACCUGGCAGAUGUCCUGAGCCACGAAUAUUCUCAUCUUUCUUUAAGCUGCUGGUGUUUUUGGAACCGGCAGCAUCGGCUGAGGUUGCCUGUGUCCUCAGACAGCUUCCUGCUCUUGCCAUGGGCAUCAGGGGUCCUCAGAGCCUCACUGACUAACUCCAGUCUCUGUGUGGGCUGUUUGUGUGGGCAGCUUUAGGUGCAGGUCCAUCUAGCGCUGAUGGGAGUGUCAGUAGCAGGGGGCAGAUGUAUGUCUGUGGCACCAUGUCUCCUGGGAGAGUGCAGGCUCCCGAAGCGCGUGCUUUGGUUGGCCAGUGUCAGAGCUGUGUGCCUUCUAGAGCAGGAACAGCCUUGAGUUUUCGUGGGGCCUGUGCUCUGUGUCUGCUCUGCAACUGACAAUGCUUGGAAUGGGAAGCCCUAGCGACCCAUCAUGCUGCACUGGAUUUACCCACUGAAACCAUUCUGGGACCCUCAGAGCUGGACCACUCCAAACCCAGGUGCCUUCAGUGUGCUCUGCCCUACACUGCAGGGGAGCUGCCUGCCAUUGCUCCUCACCUGCGCAGUCCUCUGGUGGACUUUGUUCUUGACAAGCUUCAGGGUGCCCCUUGCUCUGUUACACUCAGAUGAGGAGAGAUUUGGCUUCCAAUAUUUAAAUAAAUACUACCUAGAAACAGCUUGCUGGAGCUGUGUGAUCUUUGUUCAGUGGAGUCUGAUUGGGCUGCUCCUGUCUUCUGGCUGUUUCUUGCCUGUAGUGCUGGCUUUUGCUUGGAGAGCCCCAGAGGAUGGAGGACCUUGGCACACUGGCUUGAGAAGGGCUGCAUCUCCUUUCUAGGUAGUUGUGGUCACGUUGAAGACCACUCAGGCCGGGACUUGGUCAUUGUUGGUGGGAUGGACCAGUUCUCUGCUGAUGAAGGCCACAGUGUCUGGCUUCCUGUGUUGCUGUUUCUACCUUUGUACCUGACUUAUGUAAACUGGAAUUCACACUUUGAAGGUAACCAGCAGAAGCCAGUGAGAAGUCACGCUGUUCAGGAAUGUCAACCAUCCACAGUGGCUUCCUGUGGCAGAGCGGGAGAGAAAAACUGCUCAGUGUUGGGAGGCUGUGCCCUGUGUUUGAGCGGAUGGCGGCUCCCACGAAGACCUCAUCCCAGCAGCCAGGCAGAACCCUGCCUCCGUCCCUGCCCUCUGCCUUGGGCUAAGCUGCCCUUCUGCUUCUCUGAGGUUGAAGUUGAUCUGCUUUUAUUCUGUUCUAAACCACAAACAUGGAGUAAAGAUGGCCAGUACCCGGGGCUGAGAUCAGCUGGUGUCUCAGGUUAGCCCGGCGCUCUCCUGCACGGAUUCUCAGAAGCUUCUCCAGGCUCUGGGCAUUUCCUGUUCCAAGGACAGUCAGUGCUUUACUGUGUCUGGGACUGACCACAGGUUAUGAAAAUGUCCACAUUCCAUGUCCAGAGCAUUGUAGCCAAAAGGAGGGCUGGGGGGAGGUACCCCCAUGUUUCACAAAGGAUCAUGUGAUGUCAUCAAAGUUGUGGAAGUCUGUUUUCUCUGUAAGUCUGUUUUUCAGAGUAUAAAGAAACAUCUCUGUCCUUCCCAUUCCACCCAAGACACCCUCACUCCAGAACAGACCAGGUGACUAUUUGUAUAAGAUAUUUUACCACAAGAGACAGUAAUAAAGAUUUUCACAAUA